GCCCCACGCUGCGUGACCCGCCCCGCACACGGCGGGGACCGCCCCGCGGUGGCGCUGGGGACGCGCCGGGCUCCCGCAGCCCCGCGCCCGGCCCCGGCCAGGGGGAGCAUGAAGGUGAAGGUGAUCUCCGUGCUGGAGGACAACUACAUGUACCUGGUGAUCGAGGAGAGCAGCCGGCUCGCCGUGGCCGUGGACGCCGCGGUGCCCAAGCGGCUGCUGGAGAUCAUCAGGAAGGAGGACGUGGUGCUCAGGGCCAUCCUCACCACCCACCACCACUGGGACCACGCCAGGGGCAAUGAGGAGCUGGCGCGGCUCCUGCCAGGCCUGCAGGUGUUCGGGGCAGACGAGCGCAUCGGGGCCCUCACGCACCGGGUCAGCCACGGCCAGGAGCUCUCGUUCGGGGCCAUCAGGGUGAGGUGCCUCUUCACCCCGUGCCACACCUCGGGCCACAUGUGCUACUUCAUGUGGGAGGACGAUUCCCCGAAUGCUCCAGCUCUUUUCUCAGGUGACACCCUGUUCGUGGGGGGCUGCGGGCAGUUCUUCGAGGGCACGGCGGAGCAGAUGCACACCAACCUCACCCAGGUCCUGGGGACUCUGCCCAAGGACACCAAGGUUUUCUGUGGCCACGAAUGCACCGUCAGAAACCUCAAAUUCGCCUUGAAGGUGGAGCCGGAGAAUGAAGUGGUGAAGGAGAAGCUGGCGUGGGCCAGACGCAGGGAUGACGAGGACCUGCCCACGGUGCCCUCCACGCUGGAGGAGGAGUUCCUGUACAACCCCUUCCUGCGGCUCACGGAGGAGGCCGUGCAGAGGUUCACGGGCAGGACGGACCCCGUGGAGGUGCUGAGGGCUCUGCGCUCCCACAGGGACAACUUCAAGAAGCCCAAGGAGAGGCCCAACCCCCAGGCCAUGCUGGCCUUCGACUGGGGGCUCUUCGGGCCCCUCCUGGAGAAGAAGUGACCCCCCCGAGGUGCCAGGGCUCCCCCUGGCCGGGCCAGCUCGGGUUGCUCCCAGCUGGGGCUGGAUUUUGUCUUUAAGCUGCUUGUGUGAGUCUGCUCUGCUCCCCCCUGGCUCCCGGCAUUCCUGGGAUCCUCCUGGAUCCCUCUGGAGAGCCCGGGCUGCGGGACCUCCCCCCGGUGCUGGCAGAGGGUCAGGACGUGGCUUGGGGGACAGUCCCAGUUCGGGGGAGCUGCCGUGGAGGGAGCCAGGGAUGCUCAGGGAUUGCGGGGCUGCGCCCCACGGAGCCCCAGGCUGCCCUGCCUGCCCUGCCACGCCCUGCCACGCCCUGCCACGCCCUGCAUC